CAAGUCGCUUCACCAUAUAACGUUCACUUACAAUUAUCCCGUGGUUACCUCAAAAAUGACCACCUUCCUCUCGAGCAUACUCCCCACAGGGUUACGCAUACCAUCCCUACCCAACCCAAUCGCCUUCCUAACAAGGCAGGAAGAGGAACAGCCUCCAGAGCCCCAAAGACAACCUCAGCCUGAUACCAACGUCCAGAACCAACCCAGUGAGAUCCAUCCACAUACAGACGACCAUGUCGAGCAUGCCGUGUCAGACACUGAACUUCAUGAGGACCUUGGCACACGCCGAAGGAGGCAGCCGAAUGAGACCUUCAUCAUAGUCCGGCCUCCACCUGCGAAGAACAACCAUCCCCUCAAUCUCCAAAUUCAACUUAUUCCGCCAAAUCUGCAAAAACAGCAACGUCGAAGCGUCGAGCUCUCCAGAGACGAUAUACAGUCUCCCGUAACACCAGAUAGUGCUGGGUCUACCCUUACCCGUCGAACAUCCAUCCGUUCAGAUCGAAGCGCUUCUCUUUACUCUUUUGCAUCAAGCUCAGUCACCUCCUUGUCUUCCACCUCGAGCGGCCGGCGUGUCAUCCCCUUAUAUAAUCUUUCUGCGCACAAUGUUAUUCAAAACACAGUUUUGGACGCGGGGACCGAUGCUAAAGUUGCAAAGUUCAUGAAAAAGGGUCUCGAGGUCAUGCAAGUCGUAUAUAUUGAACCGGUCGAAUUUUGGGAGCAUUCACAUCAUCUUCUGGACCACAGAGGAACGCGAUUAUCGGACAACAGCCAUAUCACCAACACAGAGUCUGCUGGGGAUCGCACACCUCGGACAUCCUUUUCCCACGACAAAUAUCCAUAUCCAGCACCUCCCAUCACUCCGCGCGCUGAACGUCUUGCCCCACCUCAACCGGAACAGAAGAAGCAAAAGAGGCCGUUCGGAAACCUCUUCAAACGUCGGAAUGGAUCGAUUUCCGAACUCUCCGCGGUUCAACAGCCACCUCCCUCCCCUGCACGAACCGAAACUAUGCCCACAUCGCCAUCUAUCACAACUUCAGAAGAACGGCUUCUGGCGCCCACAUUAGGACUACAGCCAACACAAGGCUCAAAGAUGGCUGCUCACAAUCAUAACCGGGCAAUCUCAUACGUGUGGGUCGUCCGAAAAUGGUUAAAGCCAACUGGUGAGAACUGGCUGAAUAAGGGCCUGAAUAAUUUGCGGAUGGGCGGGCUUAAUCAAGCUGAUCCGAUGGCUGAUAUUGAACUGCGAUUUGAAUGGACGAAGGCUGGGGAUCAUCGACAAGGCGGUCGGAGAAGAAGUGUAACAGAGGCAGAGUCCGCAACUCCAAGUGCCCGGAACUCCAUUGUUGCUCCGCACGCAACGAGCCUUGCACCUCCUAAUCUGGAGCGGUGUCCAGCACCUUCUUUCAAGCGUCGGUCAGUGUCUCCGCGCUCUUCAGCAGCGGCGCUCCACGUACCCCCUGCGCCAACCUCAAUCGAGACGAGCUCGACAAACUCGCAAUCCGAUCCUGAGGACGAUGAUACACCGUGGACCUGCACCCUGCAUGUUUCGCCGACCCAAGCAAAGAUGCGUGUCGCAGCUCUGAUACCCGCGCCUCACCAUCCCAAACUCUUAGGGCAGGUCAAGAUACCCUUCCCCCUUCCGGAUGUUGCUGUGGAUCGCGGAGAGUUCUUGCCAAGAGUGGAUGGAGUGGAUAAUGUGGAAGAGGCUGGGCUCUUACUAACAGCUGAAGAUAUCAAGGAUAUCAUCGCGUCGACGUGCCUAUGGCUGGUUGUGAGGGAAAGCUUCGGUGGUAUUGACAAGAAGAGGAAAGGGGAUGGCUGGCGGCUCCGAAGUUGA